CACUGUUCAGCAUUACUGCUUCAGCUGCUUCAGCUGUCAGAUGUUAUUGUUGUGAAUUUCUUAUCAACCACAACCACAAUCAGUCGAGGAGAAUUAUGGAAAAGUAUCUCUUUAAUUUACACCUCCCUCGUUGUUCAUUAUUUUAAGACCCUAAACAAGUGACUAUUUUUUUUUUAUUGUUUUGUAUAUUUUCACUCGUCAAUCAGUGCUGUGAUUUCUUCUCUCCAUUCUUUGUUCCAGCAGUGUGUAGGUUAAAGGUUAAAAUUCAACAAAGAGAUAAUGAUUGAGAAUAUAUGAUUAUUUCUGCAUUCAAAUCCUCAAGGAAUCUCUACUUCCCCUUUUCUCACGGCAAUUGAUAAAAAUAAUCAAACAAUGACGUCUUUAUUUCGCAGUAUCAUGAAUACGAAAAAUCAAAGCCAUGCGGUAAAAAAGUCAAUAAUAGCGCAGGUUUCAAUUAGCAUCAAAGAGAUCCAAUUGGAGUAUGCAGAAAGUGACACAUCACUCGUCGCCAGCAAUGUGACUGAUGGACUUUGCACCGCUCUGGAAGCGAUAUUUAUUCAUGGCAUGAAAGAAACAUUUUUCAACAAAAUGUCAUUUGCAUUAUCAAACGAUUUGGAUUCUUUACCUCAGCCGAAUUUCUGGCCAGCGCUUCUAGUCUACUCCCACCGAGAAGUUAUCGAUCAGAUCAACAAGCUGAGUCAAGUUAAAACGGAUAUUGGACGAUGUCGAGCAUGGCUCAGGAUAGCUCUGAACGAGACGCUGACCUCAAGUUACCUAGCAACGAUGAAAAAGGACUCAAGAACUCUACGACACUACUACAAAACAUCAGCGUUUCUCCGAGAUCCUGAAUGCUUAAGUAUUGCUAUCACAAUGAUUGAAGGCAUAGAGGCCUGCCGUUUUGAACUAGCUUACAAUUCAAGUUUAUUGAAUGCUUGGACAGAUUCGCCUCUUAUGUUGGCUGGCUUGUGGACUCCAGCAAUGAAACCAACACCAGUAGGUGUGGCAACAGACGUUGCUCAAACGCUGAGCGCUGAGGAAAAAUUUGAUGACUCAGUCAGUUCAAUGAUGUCUGUCUCCUCAUUGCAAACCACCGGAUCUCUUAUCACCAUCGGAGUCAACGAAGAGGAGGCACUCCGAAUCAUUUUAAGUACUCCUACGCAUAAUUCUCCGUUUGAGUCAGCUCAGGAAUCAGAAUCCGAUGAAAAAACGGAAUUCAAUGAUCCUGUUCUUGAAUCCAAACUUAAUCAAGAAUACUCAAGUAGUCCUUCGAAUCCAGAGGUCAUAACCGCUGGCAGAACAGAUAAUAUCACCUCUGAAACAUCAGCCAAUCAAGAUUGUGCAACAGACGUUCAAAGUGAUUGUGAUCCCGUCCAAAAUGUCGGCCAAAGUAGCACAAAUGAGAGUUUCUACUUAUUGCUCAAAAGUUACAACAAUACAGAGGCGAACAACAGGACAAAGAAUGCUUUUGAGUCCAUGAAACCACGUGAUCUGCUGCAUAGUCUCAAGUCAAAAAAUAGUGAAAUCUCAGCGUGUUAUAAAAUAAUCUCUGAUAAUCUAGUCGAAAGUGGUAAUGAAGAUUACGAUGUGUUAGAAGAGACGAUGAAAAGUCCAUCCGAGGAAUCAAACGGGCUCAUAGAAUAUUUAUACAAAAUUCCAACUGAGCUAGGCUUGGACUAUCAAAACUACUUGUGCAAGAACUGCGCUCAGCUAGUUGGUAUUCAUUUCGAAAAAGCAAUUUAUUGUAACUACUUUGGCUGUUAUUACUGCCCUGACUGUCAUAAUGAAGAUUCAGCGGUGAUUCCUGCAAGGGUAAUUUUUAAUUGGGACUUCCAGUUCUAUCCUGUUUGUAGGAAAGCAGCAGAUUUUCUGACUGAUAUCCAACUUCAUCCAGUUUUCAACCUGAAAACGAUAAAUCCAAAACUGAUCUCAGCUGUUCCAGACUUGGACCGAGCCCAGCGACUGCGGCUGCAGUUACAUUACCUUGCAAAGUAUUUAAUCACUUGUCGAGAGUCCAUCUCCGAUCAGCUCCAGAAACUCAUCUGGCCGCGGGAAUAUCUGUACGAGCACAUGAAUAUUUACUCAAUGGCUGAUCUAUCUCAAAUCGCAAAUGGUGUUUUAAUUCCAUUUUUGCUGAAAAUCGUCUCGCUCGCCACAACUCAUGUUACGGACUGCUCUUUCUGUCACUCCAAAGGAUUUAUAUGUGAGAUAUGCAAAGAUCCAGAAAUAAUAUAUCCUUUUCAAUUAGAAACUGCGCAUCAGUGUUCGCAGUGCAACAGCGUUUAUCAUUCAAAAUGUUUCAAAGAUUCAAAAUCUUGUCCAAAAUGCAUCCGAAAACAGAGGUAUGAAGCGGCUAAAUUAUCAACCGAAGAAUCAAAGAAAGUUACGGUGAUACCGUUUGUAGGUCAAGAGGUAUGACAAGCAUAAUAUGAAUGACAGAAUAAUGACUCGCGUUAAAAUAUAACGCUCGCUCUUUCGAGGGAUGUUGUGAUUAUAUUUGAAUAAUUGCAAGCCUGUUUUAAACAUGGAGAGAAGUUGGCUAACAAAAAUGUAGGAGAUCAGGAGUGGUAAAAUAGUUGCCAAAGUUGGAAGUUAGAGGAAAAAAUCAACUAAUCGUAAGAAUUUACGACACGGCAUGGUUGAAUGCAAUUUCUCCUGAUCUUCCUUACUAGAAUGUUUUUUUUUUAUUGUGAGUAUAUCCAUAUGAAAUUAGAAAGCAACACUUAUUGGUCUAUUGUUGUAUAGAAUGUCUUAGGAUUAAUGCCUAAAAUUUCAGGUGCGAUUCCAGAGACCAAAAUGAGACUAUUUUUGUUCUUUGUACAUGAACUUUAAAAUCAAAUUCCUCCAGGCUACAGGGUACUGCGCUACAAGAUGAUAUUCAUUUUUUUUUUUUUAUCAUAAAUCCUCUUUUGGAUGGUUAGCCAUGCAGUUUGACGCUAGGCUAUAAUUUUUGUUGCCAGCGCAAAAUUUGGAAAAAAAAAACUUUUGAUGUAAGUAUCUCGAGGAUUCUUAAGAUAUUUCAACCUUUCAGUCGUCAAUUCUUGUUUCUUCCGAGAAAUUAUUUCCAAAGUAUUUAUCCCAUUAUUUUAUUUAUUUAUUUAUUUUUUUUUUGGAGAGGGUAUCAAAAAUUGCAGAAUUUUUCAAAAAUUUAUAACAUUCACGAUUAUGAUAAAUCGCAUAUUUUUCUUUUGCAACUUUGAAGAGGUUUGAUUUCGGAUCCUUUCACAGUUCAAGUCUUAUUUUGAUCUCUAUAACCACCCCUCAAAUUUUUUGGUGUCAACCGUGGGACGUUUUGUCUAUAUAACAUGAGAUUCAAAUUUUAUUUCAUCAAGGGAAAUACUCAAUUUCCUCUGUUAAGUUCUGAUCUGUUAAGUUCUGUUAAGUUCUUAGAAAAAUAACACAGAAUCGCAAGAGGUUACAUGGAAAAUUUUGCAACAUGGCAAAUGAAGAUCGGAGUCUUAUUAUCUCCUCCAAAAAUAUGUUAAUUGCCAAUCAUUAUCCUACUGCCACUGUUGCCUCCAUAUUCAGGCGUACAGUUCAACCUAAAUUUUAAUUUACAUCCCUGUUUUGCCGUUUUUAAUGAAAUUUUCUCUGUAUGUAACUGUUCCCCGGAAAACUGAUCUUAGUACUCUAUAGCAAAUUUUUCAAAGAAGAAUUUUGUUGAGUUGGAUGGAAAUUUAGAAUUUGGCUAUUAAUAGAAAACACUCUCAAAGAAAGAAUAAGCCUUGGUUCCUGUAGGCGCAAAAAAGCGUCUUAAUCUGAGAAUUUUAAGCCCUGGAUAUGGCCUAUUGAAAUUUCCAAUAGAGCUUCCUUGAAACUACAUUUAGAAAUGGAAAUUUCAAUUUUUAGACGUUUCCUGCCUCAAAAUGUCAGUAUAAUACUCCUCUACACAGUGUUAUCAAUAAUUCAACUUUAGUUUUUUCAACACAAAGGUCCUUUUUUCUAUGGAUGCUCACAUUUUAUUAUGUUUAAAGGUAAAGUGAAAAUUACCAUGAACUUGGCCAGCUCAUGAAACUUUAUACUCAUUAACUAACAUUUUAUGUUAAGACAUGCUCUUUCCAAUUUUGAAGAUCCAUGAGUGUGUCUGAAAAAAUAUCAGACAUGCAAUGAACCUGAAAGAAAUAUGGUAAGUCUGACGAAUUUUAAUAUCUGGUCUUAGUGCAGUCAGACUUGGAAUGUACAAGUUUCUCAUUGACUCAUUAUUAAGCAAACAUUUUCUCUUACUGUUCUCGAAA